CAUGCGCCCUGUCAGAAAAUCAGAUUCGUGGCUGCGUUAGCAUUUAGAGCUAGCGGACUGGUUGGGAAACACCUGCGCACUGUAGGCAGAAAUCGGCGACUUUAAAUAUCCCCAGCUAAUCCUUGAGCUAACCAUUAUCUCUUCAUGCUGUGUCCGGGAAAGGAAGAUAACAGUAAUAACCCCGCACUGCCACCUCAAUUAGCCACCGUGCAAGACGGAUAAGGAAAUCUGCGUUUUGCGUGAGGAGUCUACCUUUCAGGCAAAAUCACUUUUCUGUUUGGAAUAUUAAGAAUAUAGCUGCAACCUCGACCAACGUGACUUCUUGUAAGAAUGAGGUUACCGAGUAACCGACAAUGUGCGGUGGAAGGAGAUGGGAAGAAGAUGGACCAAGCUCCUCCGUUCAGAAAUCCUUUUGUGCACGUCUUGAAAUUCACCCCUAUGGAAAAGGCAAAGAUUGCAUUCAUGACAGUCACACUGUUCCCCAUCCGUCUACUCAUAGCUGCAUUCAUGAUGCUGCUGGCUUGGCCUUUUGCCUUCCUGGCCUCAGUAGGGCGCUCAGAGACCACCGUUGAACCCCAGUGCCUCUGGAGGAGACUGGUGGACAUAAUUCUGAAGAUCAUCAUGCGGGUCAUGUGGUUUGCGGGCGGUUUCCAUUGGAUGACUGUGAAAGGGCGAAGGGCAUUGCCUGCAGAAGCACCCAUCCUCACCCUGGCACCCCACUCGUCUUACUUUGAUGCCAUCCCAGUCACGAUGACAAUGGCCUCAAUUGUCAUGAAGGCCGAGAGCAAGGAUAUACCUCUCUGGGGUACUUUGAUUAAGUACAUCAGGCCAGUGUUCGUAUCACGGUCAGACCAGGACUCCAGAAAGAAGACUGUGGAGGAGAUCAAACGCAGAGCCCACUCUGGAGGGGAAUGGCCUCAGAUAAUGAUUUUUCCAGAGGGAACAUGCACUAAUAGAUCCUGCCUAAUCACCUUCAAGCCAGGGGCCUUCAUCCCAGCUGUACCAGUGCAGCCUGUGGUGAUUCAUUACCCCAAUAAACUAGACUCAAUCACAUGGACAUGGCAAGGGCCUGGAGCGUUUGAAAUAUUGUGGCUGACACUCUGCCAGUUGCACAACGAGUUUGUGGUUGAGUUCCUUCCCAUCUACACACCCUCAGAGGAGGAGAAAAGGAACCCUGCUCUCUAUGCUAUCAAUGUGAGACGUGUCAUGGCUAAAGCCCUGGGGGUACCCAUCACCGACUAUUCAUUUGAAGACUGCCAGCUGGCCAUGGCAGAAGGCCAGCUGAGACUGCCAGUCGACACCUGUCUGCUGGAGUUUGCCAAGCUUGUCAGGAGACUGGGGCUGAAACCCCAGAACACUGAGAAGGUUCUCCAGGAUUAUGGGAACAGAGCCAGGAAGCUGGAAGGUCAGAAGCUGGACUUGGACGGCUUUGCUCAGUGCCUCGAUGUGCCAGUUUCAGAGAUGCUGCGAGACAUGUUUGCUCUUUUUGAUGAGCAUGAAGAUAACUGCAUGGAUAUCAGAGAAUAUGUGAUAGCCUUAUCUGUCGUAUGCAGACCUGCCAAAACUCUGGAAACGAUGAAAUUGGCCUUCAAGAUGUUUGAGGCAGAGGAGGACGGUGCCAUCACAGAGAUGGAGUUGGCAGUUAUCCUGAAGACGGCUUUGGGAGUGACUCACCUCAGCGUGUCACGUCUGUUUACCGCCAUCGAUCCUGAAAACACAGGAAAGAUCACGUUUGAUAAGUUCAGAUGCUUUGUGGAGCAGCACCCAGACUUUGCUGAGGAGUACCUGUACACAGAAAAUGCAGGCCUCCACACCAGCCCCUGCCACGGUCACCAAACGAAGCCCAGCCUGUCUGCCCGGAACCUGCAAGGCACUGCCACCACCAAAACAGCUAACGGUAUCUGUCCUGACUUCAGCCCCAAAGAACUUGGCAGCACAAUUGAUGGACUCCUCAAGAAACACAACUAAAAGGGUUUAAAAAUGUAGUGGGAGAAAACUAACACCUCUCCUGGUGAGAGGGUGUUGGGUAGGGGGCAGAGGGUAGUUAAUUACUUUUUAAUUAGUAACUUGUUUGAACAGUAAGGGACUACAUUUCAGUAACCACAACUACAAAAAUGAAGAAGUUUACCUUAUCCUUUUUUUAUUAGUAGUGCCAUGACAUUACUGAGGUUAAUGUCAGCCUGGUAACAGUUUAUUUUGUUAUACGUUUCCUUUUCCCCCCAUAGCAAGGGUUCGUCAAAAUGCCAGAACAAUGGCUGUUUCAGACACACUGCUUGAAUACUUGAAGGGCAAGCACUUACAAUAAAAAAAAAAAAAUCAUGGGUCAAAAU